CAGGAUUCGCCGGGCUGCUGACAUGGCAGCCGCCGCCCGCCGCCGCAUCCACAGGCCCUCGCUGGGGCGCCAGCACCGCGCGCGUCUGCUGAGGUAGAGAGGAGUCACGCGCUCGGCCACAGGGAGACAGGCAGAGAGAGAGAGAGAGGCGGGCUGCCCGUCAGUCAAGCCCCCCCUCCCCCCUCCCCCCUGGGAAUGCCCAGAGGGAAGACCCCAAAACCCGCCUCAACAUGAACGACUCGUCAGACAGCAACCAGAGCAGUCCGCCCUUCUGCCUCCUGGACCUGGGCUACUCGCACGUGCUCAACACCUGCGUCCUGGAGGUGGCCAUCAUCCUCUUCCUCACCGUGCUCAUCAUCGCCGGGAACCUGGUGGUGAUCUUCGUCUUCCACUGCGCGCCCCUGCUCAACCACCACACCACCAGCGCCUUCAUCCAGACCAUGGCCUACGCCGACCUGCUGGUGGGCGUGAGCUGCCUGAUCCCGUCGCUCUCCCUGCUGCACUACCUGAGCCGGCUGGACGAGGAGCUCACCUGCAAGAUCUUCGGCUACAUGGUGUCGGUGCUGAAGAGCGUCUCCAUGGCGUCGCUGGCGUGCGUGAGCGUGGACCGCUACGUGGCCAUCACGCGGCCGCUCUCCUACGCCACGCUGGUGACGGCGUGCCGCCUGCGCGUCUGCAUCGUGCUCAUCUGGCUCUACUCCGGGCUCGUCUUCCUCCCCUCCUUCUUCGGCUGGGGCAAGCCCGGCUACCACGGCGACAUCAUGCGCUGGUGCGCGGAGUCCUGGGCCACGCGGCCGCACUUCACCUCCUUCAUCGUGGCGCUGCUGUACGCGCCCGCCGCCCUCACCGUCUGCUUCACCUACUGCAACAUCUUCCGCAUCUGCCAGCAGCACACGCGCGAGAUGAGCGAGCGCCGCGCCCGCUUCGGGCCCCAGGAGGGCGAGCCGGGCGAGGGCCCCGCCUCGCCCGACAAGCGCUACGCCAUGGUGCUCUUCCGCAUCACCAGCGUCUUCUACAUCCUCUGGCUGCCCUACAUCAUCUACUUCCUGCUGGAGAGCGCCGGCAUCUACCGCCACCCCGUGGCCUCCUUCCUCACCACCUGGCUGGCCAUCAGCAACAGCUUCUGCAACUGCCUGAUCUACAGCCUGUCCAACAGCGCCUUCCGCAAGGGCCUGAAGCGGCUGUGCUCCUUCUGCGUGCGCCGCGUCGACGGCAAGAAGCCGCCGGCCGCCGGAGGAGGAGGAGGAGGCAGCGCGCGCUCGGCGUGCCACGCGUAGGGACCCCCCCGGGGACUCGCUCGGGAGGACCGAGGGGCCGGCCCGCGCACGCUCCGGCGCCAUUGGCCGUCACCCGGCCGCUAAGAGAGCGGCUUCUGGCAGCUCCUGCCCCCGCAGCCCGCUGUGCCAUGUGGAAAGUGCCCGGUGUGGGGACGGAGAGGGGACGGUGUGCGGGUUCUGUGGGCACACUGAGGCGACGGUGUGCGGGUGGCGUGGGCACACUGAGGCGACGGUGUGCGGGUUCUGUGGGCACACUGAGGCGACAGUGCGGGGGUGGCGUGGGCGGGCUCCAGAGUGGCCAGAGUUUUGGGCCCAGCUCCCAGCUCCUCUAGUUUCAGGCCCUCGUUUGGAUAAUAUUCACUCCUUAGUCUUUGCCAAAUAACGUCCUACUGCAAAAAAAACAGAAUGAUAAAAACACUGCAGGUCCUCGCGUUGUGCGGACGCUAGGCCUUUCUGGAAUGCAAAAAAAUGUACUAUUUAUGUGGCGGGAGUGCAGAACGCUGCCUUCCAUACUACUGCACUUACAAUGAGGUGACCUGUUUAGUCUGAAAGCAGCUAAUUUAGACUGUUGCCACGUGUGUGUCAGUGGACUUUUUCGGUGUGUACAAUCUGUUAUCUGUUUAAUCAUUGUUUUCAGGCCGCUGCUUAGAGAAUCUUUCGCGAUUAGAUCGAGCUGAGGAGAGCAGCGAGCGCACAGCGUGACCGUUUCCCCGCAAACCUGCGGCCGCCCGUCCGUCCGUCCGGAGGCAUGAGCAGCGGCGUCAGGUUUUAUUUAUUUCUUUUUUGAAGCGAGGUCCCCGUGGCGGGAUCGACCUGCUCAGAAACGCGCGACUCUCCCAGGAAGCCGGCGCCCGGCGCCUGACCUCCCGUUUUGUUUAUGGAGGGUCGCGUUUCGGAAACGGCGAUCCCUGCCGGGGCGUCCGCCUCUCGCCUGCGCGCUCUCGGCCGAACGCUCCCAGCUGCUCGCCCGCGGGUCCUGCGGUGCUGCCCCGAUGGUGGAGCGGGAGAAGGAGAAGGUUUAUUUAUUUCGCAGGGAUCUCUCUCUCCGCUGACGUUCCUCUUUCCUCCUGGACCACUGCUGUCUGUCAGGGCACUAAGGGCUGCUGUGUUCAGGCCUCAGCCUGGCCAGCUGUAUCACAGAACAAGCGACGCAAUAAGCAACUAAAUGAAGAAAAACGAGUUUUUUUAUUUAAAUGUUUUGUCGAUAGAUUUUCUAAUUUUUUUUUGUAGUCUCUAUUUAAUGCUGAGAAAACAAUUUAAGUCUGCCUCUGGUAAGAAUUCAUUUGGUAUACUUGCAUUCUGUACAUGCCUACAGAAGCAAUUAAAUUGUUCCUGCACACUCCUCUUCCUGACCAGCGAUUGGUCGGCAGAUAUUCACAGAAGGGCAGGGAUUAUCUGCUUCAGUAGCAGAACAUGGUUUUUAGGGAUUAAGUUCCCUCCACAGUAAUCGCCAGGCAAAGUCUUAAUCUGUGGACAGGCGCUGCUGCCAUUACUGACAUCAUGAGUGGCUUUUCUGUGAGCAGAAGCAUGCUUUUAGUGUGGAGGGGUUCUUGGUGAGCAAGUAUUGGGUGUCUCAAUAAGGACUUGCGAUUGAUCGCAUGGGUCAAGAGAAGAGGAUGUUGUGACCUGCUGUUUUAAAAAAAUGCCUUCUUUUCCAUGUGCAAAUGGGUUAGGAGCAGGCAUGGACCUAAUUACUAUGGUUGCAGUGUCCAUUUUGGUUUGAGUUACAUUUAUGGCCAUGAAUGGCCCUGAUCAUUCAAGAGUCACCUUUUUUAUGGUUGGUAUAGAAUUGCAUUGCUGUUAGCAUAGAGCCUGGCUUCUUUGUAGAUUUGACCGUUGCUUUUAAGGAGUCACACCACUCUUUAGUAUAUUAACGGAUGUUUGUUUGGAAGGCGAGGGGCUGGGUCACGUUGCGCAGACGCUGAGAGAGGGGCGGGAGCUAGCAAAGCGGCCGCUGGGGCUCAAUGGAGACAGCCCCUGAAGUCAGGACAGAGCCCCGCCCACUCUUCAGCCUGGCGGACGAGCCGCAGAGAGGGGGGGCGUCUGUGGGGUCCGCGGCGGUGCGGCUGCAGCGGCGUGUUCGAGGUGAACAUCUCAGCGCUGAUCUGUGCUGAGGAGGCGGAGGGGUGGCCCGCUGCACCGCCGGCUGGAGAGCGGUGGCGGUUAGCUAGCGAGUCCAGGCGUAGGGUCUGCGCACAGCUGGGAUAAGCGCCAGUGCGCUCGGCUGAGCAGCGACCGAGAGCGCUUCAUUCGUCUGAGUCUCUCCCAGAAGCAGUCUUCCUGGGCCCAGCACUGUCUCCAGGAGUUCAGCCUCAGUUGUGCUCUCGCACUGAUAAAUAUUCACCUCUGUAUGGAUGAUGCAGUUCAUGCAGAUUUUGGGUUCCACAUGGAUUCCCCUUAUUCUUAAAAAAUGUUUUAAAAAAUCAAGUGAAAGUGCAGUUUUCCGAAAUUGUUAGUCUUCCUAGAUGACCAAAGUUAAAUAUUGAUUUAGUAGCAAGUUGAUAGUUUGUUGGGGGUAAUGGGAGGAGAUCUAAAAGUCCUUUUUGGUGACAUGUAGACAUUGAAUUUGCUGCACCCUCAGGCCACUGAAUGCGAUAUUGUUGCUGACGGUAACGUCAAGCCCAGCUUCUCUCGGAGUGGAUUUCACUGAAAAGGCUUGAUUUAGCGUGCGUUUUGAGCACCUGUGGUAGUUACAGAUUCAGCCUAAGAGCUAAUGAAAGGGUGAUUUAGCGUGCGUUUUGAGCACCUGUGGUAGUUACAGAUUCAACCUAAGAGCUAAUGAAAGGGUGAUUUAGCGUGCGUUUUGGGCACCUGUGGUAGUUACAGAUUCAACCUAAGAGCUAAUGAAAGGGUGAUUUAGCGUGCGUUUUGGGCACCUGUGGUAGUUACAGAUUCAGCCUAAGAGCUAAUGAAAGGGUGAUUUAGCGUGCGUUUUGGGCACCUGUGGUAGUUACAGAUUCAGCCUAAGAGCUAAUGAAAGGGUGAUUUAGCGUGCGUUUUGGGCACCUGUGGUAGUUACAGAUUCAGCCUAAGAGCUAAUGAAAGGGUGAUGGUGAAGCCCUUCACACGUCCUUGAUCCGAAGGGGUUUGACUUUUUUAGACCGAUUUAUUUUUUUACUUGUCACAUCAGUCUUAAGCAUGUGUUGAAGUGCAUAUAUUUAUAUUUGUAUUCUGAAUACAGACGCAGACAGCAGGAAGGUGUUUGAAGGCGGGCGGCGUGAGGGAAUGACGGGCAUGGGGACUGUUUUCUAUUGCCAUGCUGUUGCAGGGUACCGUGCAAUAUUUUUACAUGCAGUGUUUUCCACUUGCAAAGCGAUUUAUUCAGAACAAUGAGAACAUAUCACGGGAUCUUCGGAAAAGGGCUUUUCUGUUCUCCCUCGGUCCCGAAGCGUGUCUGUCGCGCGUCAGUCUCCGUGUCUGUACCCGCGAGGCGUCUCUGAUGUCUGUGACGGGUUUCUGAGGCGGGCGGAGUCGCGGGAAUGUCAGCGCUUCAGCGGGCGCUCGCGUCUCUGGCGUCGCGCGGGACGCGGGCUAGCGCUGCGGCGCGCCUGGCGCUCCUGUUUUUUCACAUUUCCAGGCGGGCGGAUGGAGUCUCUCAGAUGGUCUGAGAUGGGGACUCGUAGAAGGCGUCUCCGCGCGGUGACGGACGCCGCUGACUGCGGCUGCUCGCUGGGUGAAUCCGCUCCUGCGGUUGGGUCUCUGUGUUGGGAGCGCGUUCGGGGGCUGAAUCGCAGGGCGUGUGCGCAGGGAGAGAACACGCCUGCCCACCUGCCUGCCCUUAACGCUGACGCUAAUGUGGCCAAGCAGCCAAACAGACCACAUUUCACAAACCCCAUUUUCAUCGAAGGGAGAUCCACCCAGAUGAAAUUCUCCCUCACCCUUACGACAUUUAGAUAAGUUCUCACUGAAUUCUGGAGACGUUUCUCAUGAGUAUUCACGUACGUAAAGGGGAAUGUCUAUGAUGUGGACGUGUUUGAACUCAUUCUGUGUACUAUAGCAGCAAAUAAAGUACAGUGCACUUGAAAUUCACUGCUCACAGCCCUGAUGUUAUUAGACCAAUAGCACUUUGUGUGUAUUCGUGGGAGCCAACUAAUUGAAAUUUGAACAACAUAUAUUUUUAUCUUCUGACUCUGUUCACCGAAAUAGUCCUCCGGCUCUGUUUAUUGAAAUACAACAAUAAUGCAGUAGAUCAUCAUCUACGCAUCUGCUAUCAGAUAACAUGAGUUCCUCUUUCAAUGUGCUGUCACGUCGCUGGGUUUUUAUGGACAUUUAUGGACAGAUGAUGAUGUGACUGCUUUUUUUUAUUGUAAUUUUUUAUUUUAUUUAUUUUUAGUUUCUUGCUUUUAUGAGUGUUGGUCUGAACUCAGAUGUUCAGGCUCAUGUGCUUCGGUUGUGUGUUUUAUCAGGUGGUUUGAGUGCUUCUGUUUUUUCCUCCCAUGGACACAAAUGCCUUUUUUUGGACCACUGAGGUUAUUGAAGCGCUGAGGCUAAUGCUGUUGCUCCAAACUUAGUACCUCAAGAAUAACAGGUUUUUGUAUGAAGUCCGAUGGGAAGGGUUAGCCGAUGUCUGAGAAGCGCCAGCUCUUUCCAGGUUACGUUUUUUUUAAAAAUACACAGUUAGUUGACGGUACUGAGGCUGAGGGCGCACUGAAAAUUCUCACCGAUGCAUGUUGUGGGACGUUUCUCUGCCAAAGAGCAGCCCCUUUUCUUUUCCUGUGGGAACAGCGCGCUGUUCUCGAAAGCGGAGUCAAGGGCCAGUGAUCCCGGGGGACCCCGCUCCUCGUGUUGACCCGCUCCGCAGUGCCAUAUUAGGGCGUAAAAACCUGCCGGGGGCCCGGUUCCGGGGAACGCAUGUUUGCUCUGGAACAGCGUGUCCCCUUCGACCGGAGGAAAACUCCCCGCCGCCGUCCUUCGCCAGGCUCUCCGCUGUAGCGCCGCUGGCAUCAGAGGAGCGUCUCAUUGAAUUUGCCUUGUAUAUAUCCUGAAACCUUUAGGUUCCCCUGCUGAUCCCUUAAUAGAAUGCUCAUGGAUUAGGCCAUUUUGGAGUCUGAUCGUAUCUGGGGGGAAAAAAAAUUGAAGAAAAAAAAAAAUACACGGAGACUGUUGACCUUUCAGAUGUCCCAAAGCAUUUUUUUUUACGUGUUAUCACAUGAAGAAGGUUGUAAAGAGCCAAACUGUAUCUUGUGAAUGCUGAACAGACUUCUGCUUCUGUUUCUCCAAACACAUGGAGAAACGGGCAAUCAUUUAGAAAGUGUCCCCUGAAACGCGGCGUGUUGGUGAGGUGCGUCAGUACCGCGAGUUUUCACAUGUAGUAAUGUCUGUUUUGGAAUACAGUUGUCAAUAAUAUAUUUAUAUUCUGGUCAUAUCUGCACUGAGUAAAUAAAUGUGACAUUAUUUAA